AUGAGCAUAUCCAUAAGUUCCGUGUCAAUCGAGCACCACCGCCCAGAUGAAACUCUAGGGAUCGGCGAGAGCACCCCCAGAAUAUCAUGGCGUUUUGCUGGCGAUGCGAAGAAUUGGAUACAGCACUCUUACGAAAUUGAGAUUUCAAGAUUAAUUCUUCCUGCGACUGGGGAGAAAGAGCUGCGUCAGGAACAGCAAAUAUUCAAGAGCAAGAGUCAAAACUCCGUGCUCGUGCCAUGGCCGUCACCCAAUGGUCUCAAAUCACGGGAGCGAGCAAGUGUGCGCGUUAGGGCUACAGGCGGGGACGGGGAUGAUGCAGCAAAGCUUAUAGAAACAGAAUGGUCGGAUUCAUCUGUGGUCGUCGAGGCCGGAUUGCUUGAGCGUAAGGACUGGAAGGCUCAUAUCAUCGCAGCGAAAGCGACAUCCCUUACAUCGAGUGGUUCGCGGCGUCCUAUUUUAUUCCGGAAGCCAUUUAAGGUCAGCGACUCCAAGGUGGUGCUAUCGGCCAGGCUAUAUAUUACAUCCUAUGGCGUCUAUGAGGCACGGAUUAACGGUGUGAGGGUGGGUGACCAUGUGCUUGCGCCUGGAUGGACGAGUUAUAACCACCGGUUGUGUUAUCAGACGUUUGAUGUGACGGAUUUGAUGAGAGUGGGGGAGAAUGCUGUUGGUGUUGAGGUUGGAGAGGGUUGGUACGUUGGCAGGCUGGGCUUUGACGGCGGAAAGAGAUGCAUCUAUGGGGAGAGAUUGGCCGUGCUUGCGCAGCUUGAAGUUAUCUUUGAUGAUGGCGAGAAGCUGGAAAUUGUUUCCGAUGAGAAUUGGAAGUCAUCAGUUGGCCCAAUUGUGGGGUCAGAAAUUUAUGAUGGCGAGCUAUACGAUGCCUCGAAGGAGGUCCACAAAUGGUCAAUUGGAGAGUUUACUGAUCAUGGUUGGGAGGCGGUUGAAAUAUUGGAUUUCCCACAGGCCAAGCUGAUUUCUCCUGAAGGGCCUCCUAUCAGAGAAAUCGAAACUUUGAAGCCGAAGGAUAUCUUCAGAAGCCCGUCAAACAAAGUGAUUGUGGACUUUGGGCAAAAUUUUGUUGGUGGAGUGCGAUUUCGGGCAUCCGGUUCGCAGGGCCAAAGGAUUAUCUUGACGCAUACAGAGGUUCUGGAGCGUGGCGAAGUGGCUACACGGCCACUGCGAGAUUGCAAGGCAAGGGACGUUGUGAUGCUUGGUGGAGAGGACAUCGAAUGGGCGCCUAAAUUUACCUUCCAUGGAUUUCGAUAUGUCCAGGUGGAGGGAUGGCCGUCAGAUACAGGAGAACCUGCUAUGGACCAUAUCGAAGCUUUUGUAAUCCACACAGACAUGGAACCCACUGGCUGGUUCGAGUGUUCCGAGCCAAUGGUCAACAGACUUUGGCAGAACAUCCAGUGGGGAAUGCGAGGAAAUUUUGUCGGUAUCCCCACGGACUGUCCACAGCGAGACGAGCGGUUGGGCUGGACCGGGGAUAUACAAGUAUUUGCGCCUACGGCAAACUUCCUAUACGACACGAGUGGUAUGCUUUCCAGCUGGCUGAAGGAUCUCGCCGUGGAACAGAUCAAAGAUUCCAACGGUAUCGUCCCCCAAGUCAUACCGAACGUUCUCGAAGCCAAUCUGAACACAGCUCAGGCGGUAUGGGGAGAUGCCGCAGUUAUUACACCUUGGGAUGUGUAUGUCAGUUUUGGGGAUAGAGAUAUCUUGCAAAACCAAUACAAGAGCAUGACAACUUGGCUGAAGAGUAUUCCACGAACGUCGCAAGAAAACCCGCUAUGGGACCCUACUAGCAAUCAACUCGGCGACUGGUUAGACCCCUUCGCGCCCCCUUCACAGCCUGCAAAUGGCAAGACUGAUCCCCACUUCAUUGCAAAUGCCUACCUUACUCAUAUCAGCCAACUUGUCUAUGAAAUUAGCAUUGUCCUGUCAAGACCCGACUCGGAACGGAACCACCUUUGCCAGCAAGCCGGAAACAUCAAGGAAUUUUUCCAGCACCAAUACAUCACACCAGCAGGCCGCCUCGCUCCAGACACCAUGACAUCCCUCUCACUGGCCUUAACGUUCAACCUCUUUGAUUCCGAUUCCCAUACUGAUUUCGCCCGUGACAGAUUGGCGCGACUCGUCCGCCAAUCUCAGUUCCGCAUCUGCACCGGAUUCGUCGGUACGCCCCUCAUCUGCGCUGCCCUAUCAUCAGGCAAGUACAAUCAACUGGCAUAUAGGAUGCUGCUUGAGAAAGGGUGUCCGAGUUGGUUGUACCCCAUCACGAUGGGCGCGACGACCAUGUGGGAAAGAUGGGAUAGUAUGUUGCCUAACGGACGAAUAAAUGAGGGGAGCAUGACCAGUUUCAACCAUUAUGCGUUUGGAAGUGUGGGAGCUUGGUUGUUUGGGGUGGUGGGUGGGAUGACGAUUUUUAAAUUUGAUGUUGUCCGGAAGCCAUGCGAUGGAGAGGGGAUAGCGGGAACAUGUGCAGAUGGAGAUCUAAAUCGUAGCGAGGGCUGGAGGGUAAUUCAUUUCGCUCCCCAACCUGGUGGAACGAUUACCUGGGCUAAGACAUCGCAUUUGAGUCCCUACGGCCUUAUCUCCAGCGACUGGCAGCUUGACACGGCGUCCAAAGUGUUCAAGCUGGCCAUACAGGUGCCGCCCAAUUCGAGAGGCCUGGUGCAGUUACCUGGGAAAGGAAAUGGGGAGGAAACUGGGAAGUUGAUCCAUGUGGGAAGCGGGAAGUGGGAGUUUGAGGUGGUGGGAUAUGAAGUCGCAGAUGGGCAAGAGUGGCCGCCAAGCCCGGUAUUAGACCCUUUUGCACAGUAUGAGUGA